ACACACACACAUUAUUUGCAAUCUUAUAUAUUUUUUUCUCAAUUACUUGCACAAACAUUUUGAUUUCUUUCGAUUGUUGAUCCCUAUGAGUCUUUACUUUUAAAUAUAUAUGUAUAGAUAAUAAUUAGAAAAGAAUUUCUUAAUAAUAAAAAAACAAAUACUAACGUAGUUUUUAUUCUUUAUCUUUCGUACUCUUCUUCUUCUUCUUUUAUAUUCUUCGAUUUCCCAUGACGCUUCGCAAUUUAAUAUAACUAAACGUUUUGAAUAGUUGAUUUUUUUUCUCCUAGGCUUUCCGCUACAGGAUAUGUCGCUUGUAGAUCACGUCGUUUAACGAUUGUUUAGGAACAAAGUACUAAACACAAGUAAAACAUGUAUGCGGAAAGAAGUAGAAUUAUCGAAAUAGAUAGAGAACGGCAAAUAUAUUUAAAUAUAUAAUUAUAUUUUCAUUUGGCUAGUGUUGCACUAUUUCUUGUCACAGGAAUUUCUUUACUCAGGAAACAAUAACAGAAAGCAAAAACGAUUCGAUUUUUAAUUGACGAAUAAGAAACAGAAAAAAAAAAACAUAAAAAAUAUAAAAGAACGAUCGAUUUGCUAAUGCUAUUUGUACUCAUCAAAUAAUGUUAGUAUUCUCUAAAUCCCAAUAGGCAAAGAGAGUGAAUGAAUGAUCACAGACAAUAAUAUGAUAUAUAUACAUAAUAUAAAAAAAUAAAACUUAUUCUACCAUGGAGAGUAGAUGAUAGUUGAUUCGAUUUCUAAUUAGAAUAUAAUAAAAAAAAAACAAAUAAAUCAUAUUCUUGUAUAAUUUAUUUCUUAUCAUAAGACAAAAAAAUUAUUUUUUUUUCCUGAAUUACAAUAGAAAUAGAAAUAUUAGAAGAAAAUUUUUUUUUCAUGAUUGCCAUUUGGCAUUCGAACGGAAAACAAGUUAACCGUCUAUAAACGGAAAUCAAAUAGAAUUUUUUUUCUUUACAUUAAAAUACUAAUUUGUUUGGUUACUAGUUUACUAUAUAAUUUGAUUUUUCAUGCUGAUUUAUUCUACAUUGAGAAAAUCAAAUAUUAUAUAUGAUAAAGUAUUCGUCUAACAUGUAUUGAUUCUUUUCAAAAAUGAUUACUUGACAUAUAAAUCUCUGUCAUAAAAACAGUCGAGAACAAUAACUCAAAUAUAAUUUUAUUAUAUGAUACUCUUGUUCAAGUAAUGAUAUAAAUAUUAGUUUUUAAUCUAUAAUAUAUUCGAGAAUUUUCUCUGUUAUAAAAACAAUGAGUAUAUCUUAUUUCAAGACUCGAAUAAGCUAUUGUCAAAAAUAAAAAGAAUAAUUUUCCAUAAAUGUUCUACUAUGUAUAGUAAAAUAAAAUUUCAAAUAUAUAUGAUGUUAUUGUUUGAUAAAUAUGAAUUUAUUGUACAAAACAACGGAAUUAUAAGUGUUGUUGAUUGUACUAUCAUUUAUUAGAGGUAAUAAAUAUAUAUAGAUUAUCAUAUGUCAAUGAGUAGUUUGAUAUAUCUUAAGAAAUUAAUGAUUCUCCGACACAAUAUAAUAUGUGUUUCGAUGAAAAUCUCAUGAUCGUUAAAUUGAGGAAAAAAAACUAUUUUUGAUUUGAAUCUACGAACAAUCAUUACUAUCGAAAGGAAAUCAUUCGUAUCUAACAAUGAACAUUGCUUCUUUUUUUUAUGAUAUUAAUCUUAUAUAUGUCAUUAUUAUGAUAAUAAAUCUUUCUUUCUUUUUCAUGACUUAUUUCUUAUUACGAUUUGAUUUGUUUAGCUUGAUUGUCCCAAUGGUGAAUUGACAAAGAAGAAAUUCAUUCAAGUCUAUCGUCAAUUCUUCCCAAAUGGACAAGCUGAAGCAUUUUGUACACAUAUAUUUCGUACAUUCGAUGCUGAUAAUUCAGGCAAAAUUGAUUUUAAAGAAUUUUUAAUGGCAAUUAAUAUUACAGCCAAAGGUAAUCCUGAAAAGAAACUUAAAUGGGCUUUCAAAAUGUAUGAUAUUGAUUCAAAUGGAAGUAUUGAUCGACAGGAAAUGUUAAGAAUUAUUGAAUCUAUCUAUGAUUUACUCGGUGCUACUGCAGCACAAAAUGCACCAAAUGGUGCCAUUACAAAUCGUGAUCCAAAUGAUACACCUGAAAGUCGAACGGCACAAAUAUUUGCUGUUAUGGAUGAAGAUAACAAUGGAGUUAUUACUGAAGAAGAAUUCAUUCGUGGUUGUAUGGCUGAUCGAGUCUUAUAUCAAAUGUUAACGGCCGAUACAAGCGAUCCUGAACGAUAA